AUGAUGUCGAAAGAUUUGAGGAAAAAGAUAAGUUUUAUUAUACUACGUAGUGUUAUUCAAAUUACAGCUUGGCCAAAUGUUACAGAAUCUCAUUUUUUCGUCUUCGGUGCCCCUUAUCUCGACAAGGAAGCAAUGUUUACCAAUGAAAUUUAUACCAGUAAUGGAUACUUGCUGUGGCUGCAUACUUUGCUGGAUGUACUUGCUGUGGCUGCAGUUGGUCUGUCUGAUGUAUUAAAUUUAAAUACCGUAAAAGAUCGACCUAUUAACCACGGGGAAGUAUUUUGGUAUUUUACACCUGAUUUCUCCUUCGGGUUUUCUCCAACAUCAAAAAUCAAUCAGAACGUUGCCGACAAUGAAAAUGAUGAUGGUGAUAAAUGCUUAUGUUGGUGCAUUGAUAACAAAUAUGCUGGUGGAUGGCGUGCAGGAAAUACAACAAACUUGCACACGAAUGAACAAUGGCGUCAAGUUAUUUUUUGUGAACGCUAA